AUGUACCACAGUAUUGGCCAACAACUCAUGCACCAGGACCCUGUGUACUAUCUAUGGUACAUGCUGACAAGAUCUAACCAUGCUUGGAAAUUAAUCUCCUAUUUAUAUUACAUCAAGUAUGCUAAGCCAGGGGAUAAAACUGGAUUUCACCAUAUUAAUGUCAAUGUUCCAGAUGCUAUUACUACUGGAAGGGGCAUUAACAUAAUACAAGGAUUCUUGACCUUAACAGCAGAAGAGCCUGGUGACUGCACAGAAAUCUUGCCAGAAAUGCAUAAUUAUCUAGAGAAUUGGUGGGGACUAGUUAAAGAACAAGACUUAUCUACCAAUGGCUAUGUUCACCACAUUAAGAAUACAAUAUAUACCAAAGAUGACAAAAGAAAAUUUGGUAUUAAAUGGAACAACCCUAUGAUGAUUGAGGAGCUUGAUACCCUCUUUGGACCAGAAGAGAAGAAGGCUCAGAACUUCAUUAAUAACUGGUAUCUAAAGGCCACACAAAUUGCUUUGGAUGCCAUUAUCAAGACAUACUAA